AAAAAACGCAUCUGUAUGAUACAGCUGAACAUGUAUGUACAUCCGCAUCGACACACACAGCACAGUCAAACAGCAUUCUAACAUGUUAUCAGGUCGAGGUGACCAAUUCUAGAUAUAGUGAAGAUGAUUAGCAGUGAUGAUCAGGAGAAGAUGGCGCAGGAUGUCAUACGCUGCUCUCUGUGCAGUAACGCUGUUGCCAUGCACUGCAGAAGUUGCAAUGUAAACCUCUGUGAGCAGUGUAUAAGCCACCAUGUGCAGAAAAGUUCGACUCUAAAAAACCAUGAUCUCAUACCGUAUACACAGAGAGCGGCUUCUCCAGAAGGAGUUGGAAAUUUUUGCAAGGAUCAUCCCAAAAAAAUCUGUGACCUCUACUGUCAGGACUGUCACGUUCCUAUAUGUUCGCAUUGUCUGCUGAAAAAUCACAAACGACAUAGCGCCGAGGAAUUAUCCGAAAUUUAUAAAACAACUCGGAGCGCUGUCAGCGAGGACUUGCAGGAAUUAAGACACUUUAAAGAAGAAUAUGAAAAGGUCCUUAAAGAAAUUGAAGACGGAUUGUUGACGUAUAUGCAAGACAGUGAACAAGGAAGAAUUUUUUUACAGAAAUUGGGAGGGAAAUGGCAUGACAUCAUAGAUAAAGCUAUAGACAGAAUGGAAAAGGACAUAACUGACAGAACAAAAGAAGACAAGAACAUCAUGCAGGAUAAUGUUGAUGAAAUCCGCACCACCUUGCAGAAUGUGGACAAAUUAAUAAAGAGAAAUGAAAACCUUUUAAAAGAUGAAGAUGUUUUGAACAUUCUAAGAUAUGAGUCUAGGGUUGAUGAAUUGCGACUUGUUCCCAACAGAACAGAAAUCAACCCAGCAAAAAUCGCUCCUCUGGAUAUUGAAGAAGAAGAAAUCAUGCGACAGCUUGUGACUGUCACACCUUCCACCCGAGUCACUCUCCGUGGGUUUGCUAUCACCAAAGAUGGCCGCGAUUUCUCCAUAUCUGCUCGGGUGUUACUUGAGAAAGAGGAACUCUUAGCUACCUUUAGAGUCAACAGCGUAAAAUUGAAAGGAAUUUGCUGCGAGUCCACAGACAAGGUUUGGAUCUAUGGAGAUGACGAAAAAAUGAAACAGUUCGACAAACUUGGCAACCUGCUAGAUUGCAUAACGGCGACUUCGGGGAAUAGUCAGAAAGAUAUUGCUGUGAAUAAAAAUGGCGAUGUGGCUUUUUCUCACAUAACAGAUGAAUGUGUGAAAAUACUCAGAGAAAAGCGCAUACAAAAAUUGGUUAACAUGACUGGCUGGAUACCGUAUGGCCUUUGUUUCAAUGCAGACGAUGAUUUGAUGGUCUGCAUGAGACGAAACGACUAUUCAGAGAGCCGAGUUGGUAUAUAUUUGGGAGAACAGUUGAAGCAAGAGAUUCAAUAUGAUGACACCAACAAGCCACUAUUUUCAACAGGCCGGAACAACAUGUAUAUCACCGAAAAUGGAAACGGGGACAUUUGUGUGUCAGACUGGAACGCUUCAGCUGUCAUCGUGACCAAAAAGUCCGGGGAAUUCCGAUUUCGUUACACCGGAAGUCUCUCUCGCAGCUACAAAGAAUUCUAUCCACAUGGAAUAGACACCGACAACUACUGUCGUAUACUUGUUGUUGAUCGCAACAAUGAUUGUGUCCACGUGAUCGACAGGAACGGGAAGUUCUUACGCUACAUCAACUGCAGUUUGAAAGACCCCUUCGUUCUCAGCAUUGAUAGUGACGAAAACCUCUGGGUUGGAGAGUGUGAUGAGCAGAAUAUUAAAGUUAUUAAGUAUCUGGACUAGUUAUACACUCUGUACUUUCUUAAGGAAUAAAUGAUUAUUGAUAGACUCACGAAACGAACCUGUAGAAAUGCAGACUCGAUUGCCUUCUUCACCAUA